AAUUAGCAGCUGAAGGCGGCGGAGGUAGGAAGCGGCGCAGCUAUGGAGAAUGGCGACGACUGGUUCGCCAUUGACAAGCUCUACCACGUUCUCUUCUGCUUCUUCGUCUCGAUCGUUUUCUCCGCCGUCUCUAGCCGGAGCCGGCGUCCUUUCAUCAGGCGGCGCAGCAGUUGGCUAGGAUCCGUCGCCUCGUUAGCCGCCGGCGCCGCGAAGGAGUUCGCCGAUGAAUUCGGAUAUUUCAAAUCCGCCGGCGCAUCCGCGAAGGACGCCGUCGCUGAUCUCGUCGGAAUCCUGCUCGCCGCCGCGAUGCUUUAUUUGUUUAAUCGUAGGGCGUCCUUUUCUUCUCCGGCGAGAUCCGACGGCGCCGGUCGCACUCAAGCGGUCGAAUUGGUUUGAACCGGCGCCGGGAUUCGUUUACGCUGGAAUUUCCUUUGUAUAACAUAUUAUCUUCGAUUCAUGCCGAACCGGACCGGUCCAAAUUUAGAUAAAAAAAUGUGAGAAUAGAAUGCAAUUUUUCUUUCACCAUCUCUAAUUUAUA